CAGGCUGGCCUCUAACUUGCCAAGGAUGACCUUGAGCCCUGCUGGAAUGACAGGCACCCAACACCGGGCCCCCCACACCAGGCCCUAUCUUGGGUUUUUUUGUUUUUGUUUUUGCUGUGAGAUGGGGUCUCCCUCCACAGCCCAGACUUCUCUGGAACCCACAGUCCUCCCAAGUGCUUUGAAUACAAGUGUAAGUCACAUGCCCAGGUGACAUGAGUCCUGAUCCAUCACUACUCAUCCCGAGGCAGAAUCUCCUUUUAUUUCAUGAUCUGUUGCUUCUGUGUAAGAAGACCAAUCAUGAAUCCAGGAUCCACUUCCCUUGCCUCCAUUCCCUCUGACACCACAGUCCAAGCCUCAGCCUUCCCCCAUGACACUCAGGUUUCUCUCCAAUGUCCCUUUUCAGAGGGGCCUUCUGACCAGCGUCCCUGUAGUAAUUAACUACAGCCUGGUUGCUGCCCUCCACUGUGACUGCUUCUUUUGCUUUUUAAGGCAGUUUUGUGUAGCCUAGGCUGGCCUCUGCCCUUUUAUGUAGCUGGGGCUGCCUUUGAACAUCUGUCUACAUCAGCGCCUGCCACAGCUGAGGCCCCCGAUAGCCAGGAGCCUCCCGGACAUCUGAUGAGCCCUUGCCCUGUUCCCAGGGACAAUGGUGUUUUUGUAGCAAGUCUCGUUUUGAUACCCUGAGAGGAUCUAUUUUGUAACUCUGGUUUUGGUGCUGUCUAGGGCCUGCGAUGGUGAGGGUGUGUUGUCUUCGUCAGAGCAGCGGGAAAAGAGUCCUCACACGCCCCUGCAGCCAGCGUGCAACCAGCGCUUGAUCUGUUGAGUUUCAUGGUCCCCGUGCUCAGGGAAUUAUCCUGGAGUGGCCACCAAUCUGACAUAGCCUGGAACUUUUGUCCCUCCAUCUCCUGCACGCUGAGAUUAUACCUGUGUAACACCAGGCCCCAGGGUGGACAGGGGCCUGGGAGUCAUAGUGCCUGGCGCAGAAAGAGUUACAGUCGGGCCUCUCCCUGUCCCCAGAGCCAUCUGUAUUGCCUAGCAACAGCUGUGCCAGGCAGGACGCGCAGACCUCCCCAGAGUUCCACCGGCCAGACCCAGACACAGGCAAGCCAGUGUUCAUUUGCGCUCAUAAUGGACACCGUGAAUGCCACCAUAGAAAGGCUGAGAGCCCAGUGUCUGUCCCGAGGGGCCUUGGGCAUCCAGGGCCUGGCCAGGUUUUUCCGCCGCCUGGACAAGGAUGGCAGCCGAUCCCUGGAUGCAGAGGAGCUGAGGCAGGGCCUGGGACAGCUGGGGCUGGAUGUGGGGGAGGCAGAGGCAGAGGCACUGUGCAGGCACUGGGACCGAGAUGGCAGUGGGACGCUGGACCUGGAGGAGUUCCUGCGGGCAUUACGGCCCCCCAUGUCCCAGGCCCGAGAAGCUGUCAUUGCAGCUGCCUUUGCCAAGCUGGACCAGACAGGGGAUGGUGUGGUGACUGUGGACGACCUACGAGGGGUGUACUCUGGCCGCGCUCACCCCAAGGUGCGCAGUGGAGAGUGGACGGAGGAUGAGGCCCUCCAUCAAUUCCUCGACAAUUUUGACACAUUUGAGAAGGAUGGGCAGAUCACACUGGCCGAGUUCCAAGACUACUACAGGGGACUCAGCGCUUCAGUGGACACUGAUUCAGAGUUCGUGGCCAUGGUGAGCAAUGCCUGGCGCCUCUGAUGUUGUAGCCCUCAGCUGCCUGAUAACUGCCCUUAGCCUAGUCCCCUGACCUAUCUGCUACUGUUACCACUAUCCUGGGGCCCCAACUAGACACAGGGAGGGGUAUAUAUGAGAAUGGGAGGCUGAAGAACCGGCUGGACCAGGUCUUUGGCAGGGCCACCCGCAGGCCUGGCUGGAUUGAGCACUGACCCCAUCAGGGGCCCCCAUGGCCACACCCAGCUUGUCUGGCUGCCAGGUGCACGGGAGGUCGGGGUUUUAGUUAAAAGUUUUAAUGCAGUUCUCAAAUACAUUUCAUAUGACAAUCUUACAUAAAUGUUCCAAAACACA